GUAGCCAAGGUGGAAGAUGCUAACAGCAGCAGGAGCAGGAGGAGAAAUGCUAAAUCAUGGCAACGUUUAUGGAGCGAUUGGCUUUUCUUCAGAAGGUGCCCACUCUGAUGAAAGCUACAGCAGAUGAUGAAAACCCCUGUCCUGGCUACCUCUUCCAGGAGAUUGGAAAAAUCUCCCAUGAGUCUUCAGGUUGUGGCCAGUGUUUGCUGGAGUACCUUUUGGAGAGGUUGCAAGUCGAAUCCUGUCACGUCAAACUCAAGGUGCUGAAGAUCUUUGUCCAUCUCUGCGGCCAUGGAUCAAACCAUUUCCUCACAGAACUCAGAAGGAACUCCACCUUCAUCCAGCAGGCAUCAGUUUACAGUGGCCCUCCUGAUCCCAUUCACGGCACAGCCUUGUACCAGAAAGUGAGGAACACAGCACAGGAUGUGGCCAGGUUGCUUUUCACGGAUUCGAUUUCCACCAAAAGUGGCAUCGCUCCGCUCAACCUCGCUCCACCGUCAAUGGGUAUGGGCUCAGCAACUUCCCGCAGGUCAGGAAUGCAGGGAUUUGGAUACAGUCCAGGGAAGCAGGUGACAGCAGGCGCCGACUCCCUGUUGGACAAGAUCCAGAAAGCUGCAGAGGUCGUGGCCAGUGCCGUACUUCCGCCGACUGAACACCAGGGCAUCCGUCUCCAUGACAACCACUACAGGGCUGUCAUGGCGCCGCCCGCGCCCAUCGAGGUCGCAGUGCCAGCGUGUGCCUAUAACAUGCCUGUUCGCAGACCAAAAGCAGUGACGCAGUGGAGUCCAGGGCAGGUGGGAGGCGGCUGGGAAGAGACAGACAGCGGCAACAGUUCCUCCCACAACUCUUCUCAGGACAUCGCGGCCAACAGCAGGAUGUCUGCAGGAAGCAAGUCCGCCGGCACCGGCAGCCAAUCGGGUGCCAGCAGAGAGAGCAGUGGCGACCUAUCAGAGCGGGUGGAAGCGUUGCAGUUGGGGGACUGUGGCCAGGAGAUGGCGCUCAUCAGCAGACUGACUGAAGGCUCCAGAGUUUUCCUGUCCAGAGAAGAGAACCAGUACUUAAUUAAAGAGUGUUCUACUCUGAACUGUGAGGUUGUCGUGGAGCUGCUGUCGAGCAAACUUCAAGAUCCAUCCAACACUGUUAAGAUGAGGGCGCUGUGUGCUGUCGCCUGCCUCAUGACGUCUGACCUCCUCUCCCUGGAGCAGAUGUUUGGAGUCUCUCAGAAGAGACUGCGUCAGCUGAGUGAGGGACAAACAGGACCUGUGGCGAACAAGGCCAAGAAGAUUCUGCUGCAGUUUGAAGCUCUGGUGGGCGGAUCUUCAAACACACCCAGGCAGGAAACAGCAAACACGAGCCACCCGGUGCCGACCGAUCAGCCUCCAUCAUUAUUAUCGACUCACUCUGGCGAAAACACCGACCUCAACCAUCAUGAGUCACACACCCAGCUGCCACAUCACCCGUCCUUUACUUCCGGUCUGACUCGGCAAGACUCGCCGGUCGAUGUGGUGGUGGAUGACGGUGAUGACGUGGAUCUCUCUCAAGUCAGGACUGCAGAUGAUGAUGAUCCACAGGCUGCAGCUGAAGAUCCAGAGCCGAUGAUGUCUCUGCUGUCUCUGUUCAGCGGCAUGGAGCUGGUGACCAGGGGGCGACCGCCGUCGGACGCGGACAGAGAAGCCACGCAGAUGGAGACAAACGCAUCACAUGAUGACUUGCGGCAGAAUUCGUCCGUAAGUCACGGCGCGGAACUUGCAAACCCGUCUGAUGCCGGUAAAAGCAGUGAGCACUGUUCAGCUGCAUCUAUUCACAGCCAGCCAGUAUCUGCCUUCUCCUUUCUCCAGUUUUGACCAACAUUUGGAACUGAUUCACGGUAAAAAAAACAAAAAACAAUGAUGUCGUCAAAUACAGUAUAUACACAUAUAUUUAUUAUUUUUAGAAAUUCCGCUAAAUAUUAAAAAACUCUAUAGAGCUCCGGACAUCAGUUUGUUUACGCCAUCAUGUUGGCAGGAAAAGCUCCUGCCAGAGUUCACCGUGCACUUUAAACUCAUGUAGAUACAGCAAUUUAUCGCAUACAUCUAGGGCUGCAACAAUUCAUUGAUUAUAAUUGUUGUAUGAUUAUUCCAGACCUUUAGUAUUCUGACAUGUUCCACUUUGUGAGAAAUUGUUCCUCAUCCUACGGCAAGAAAUCGCACAAAAGGCAUCCAAUAUAAACAAGAUACUAAAGUUAUUGCACAUUUUAUUCUGUACCUGACAUGACGUGAUGCCGAUGGAUUCCCAACGCUCCAUCUUCUUUACUCACUUUAAGUGCGUUUCAUGGCAGUAAUCCAUCUCUCCAUCUCACAGAAUCUUUAGUAAAAUGUUGUCCGUCUAUUCCCCGUCUUCCUAUUAUUUAUGAAAACUGCCGGCAAAGAGACUAUUUACCCAACAUAUUAUCACCUGGUACUGUGUACAUCUAUAAAUGUACACACCCGGCGCAGGUUCCUGCCGACAUGGUGUCGUUCUCGUUCUGGAGUGCUGCGUGACGUCAGCUAACGGAGCUCUUUGAACAGCAGAUUCACAUGAGUUGUCAGUUCAUAUCCGAGUGGUGUCUCAGUGGAAGUUCUACUUCAACGACCAGUGUGUAGGAUUUCAUGUCAUUAAAGGUGAUGUUUCACGUUUACUCCUCCCUUCUCAUGUAUGUAGAAAACUUGUAAAAAUACUUAAGACCUUUUUUUUGUAACUACUGUUAGCAUGUGUAGGUAUGAAGGGCUCGUUUUAAGCUAGACAAAGUGUGCUGAGACACACACGUCCAAACUAAAUAAAAGGUGUGCUGGAUAGGAUUGGGGGGAAAAAAAAUAUAUGUAUAAAGCAGAAAAUUACUUGUUACUCCCAAACUAAUCCUUUAUUUAAGACCUAGUUAUGUUUAAGGCCCAUUCAAGCUUGUAUCAAGCAGCAGAAACUUGGCCUUUUGCCUUUGCUUAAUUCUCAUCUGGCUGGACAUAAAGAGCAAUUUUUGGAAAAACCUAAUCCUUUUUUUUUAGGAUUAAGCUUGAAUCCUAACAAAAAUGUAAUAAUAAAUAGUCCUUUUAUUGCGUUUCUUCCAGUAGAUCCUCCUCAAUCCAGCACACUGAUCCUUUUUAAGCCAGUAUUUCCCAAACUUUAUACCUGAGCGCCCACUUUUAUCAUAAAAUAAAUAUGACAAGAGCGCUUUUCUGCGCAAUGUAGCGACUAAUAUGCAAACAUGUGUCAGAAUUUGGUUAACUAAUUGUUUCCAAGAAAUAAUAAAACUAAAAUUAAUUUAUGUUAUUUUAAAACGGGAGCCCAAAGAAAUUCUCCCGCGGCCCAUCUGUGGGUCCCGACCCAGUGUUUGGGAAUCAUUGCUUUUAUGCAGCAGAUGUGCUCAAAACUUAAAGGCUGCGAUUUCACAGGGGUCUCGUUGCACAGCAGCCAUUUUGUCAGCUCACAGAAGAAAAGAAUAACAACUUGUAAAUAAUCAAAUGAAGGAUGGCUGAGUUCCAUUUAGCUUCCUCAGUUUUCAGUGUGCAAUGUCCUGACUUACAUAAUGGGACACUUGCUGCUCUAACAAAAUGGCUGGUGUGAAGUGGGCUUGUCUUGAAUUAAAGGUUUGAACUGAUGGUUGCUUUUAUCUCAGGAUUUUAUUUAGGCAACAACUUUUACACCUCUGAGGCUCGAACCCACGCGAGUUGUAAUUUGCACUACAGUUGCUUAUGAAAACAUUACCCUACAAAAGAGACAACACGUCUUCCAUAUUUGUUUUGUUGUUUUUUUUUUUGGUAUUAAGCUAUAACAGUGUCAGUGUAAAUGUUUUAAGUUUACAAAUUAUUUAUUAGGUUUUGCCAAUCAAGUGUUUGACUGAACACUAUCAUGAGGAGAAUGUUUGUUGUUCGAGUGCAUGUGUAUGAUUUGAAUCAAAACAUCUGAUCUGAAAUCGGCAAAAUGGAAAAAGUACCUGCGAUACUAACGGUCACAAAUGUCAGUAAAUAAAACAAAUCUACCUUCA